CAUAUUAUAAUUAUUCAAUUAAUGAGUCUAUUCUCUGUCCCCGUUUCUCUCUCUAAGAUUUCGAUCUGACUCUCCAAGCUCAUUGUCUGAAAUCAGCGAACGGAACCAACAACCAUUCAGUCUCCGACGAGCUGAGCAUUCCUUCCAAUCUAUGUGUGGUUGUGAGGCCACUAGCUCUGAAUGCAUUUACGGAGCAGGAUAAAUGCAUGUCGCCGGGGAUCUAGGGUUUUCGAGCCUAGUCCUUGUGUUCUGUCUGGUUUUUCCGGUGAUCGGCCUCGUUAUUCGCCGUAAAUGGCGGUUUGCCUCGGCUAAGCAGGAGGAGAUCAAGAGACUUCUGAUUUUGGCAUCGGAGGAGGCCAGAAGAGCCGAGGAGGAGGCCUUUGAUUCGUACGGCGUCGUCCCACCUUCUUCUACGAAUUAUCAGUGUGCUGUUUGCUUUUCCCCCACCACUACGCGGUGUGCUCGCUGUAAAGCUGUUCGAUACUGUUCUGGUAAGUGUCAAAUUGUUCAUUGGCGACAAGGUCACAAGGAAGAGUGUCAUCUUCCUGACGCUACUUGUGGGAUUAACAAUGAGGGAAAUGAUGGUGAUCAGAAAGUUACUUCAGACCAACAUGAGAUAUAUGGUGAAAGAUUUGAGAUGGAAUACAUUGAAUGCUCAAAACAAAUUGAAAAUGAUUAUGGGGAGUCCACAUUUUCUGGUUCAAGUUACUCUCCUGAAGUGUUACGUAGCAAGGAUGAGGACAUUAAUGUUGAGUUUGAUGCUGUUGGCAGAGCAACAGAUUUGACGUCUGAAUCAUCUUCUACAUCAUUUUCUGGAUUUUCUGCUACAUCUAGCCGCAAUGAAUCAUCAGAUGAUCUUUCUGUUAGUGAAAGUGUUAGCUCAAAUGAAAUUGAGGAAGCAACUGGAUAUCUGUCUGCUGAUAAUGACCUGGACAUGCUUGGGAUGACUUCUAAUGCAAUCAAGGUGGAUCGGGCUGAGCUUUUAUCUUCAAAUUUCACCAAUUUAGUUGACUCUGUAGAUAGUUUUAAUAAACUAGGUAAAUUAAAUAAUUAUAAACCUAGCCCCAGCAAUAGAGGCAGCCAGCAUGUCUCAAGUAAGUCCUCAGUUUUGAGUCAAAAUCCCAUGCCUGAGAAUUCAAAUGCCAGGCCCUGUAAGAUAUCUUCUGGUUUCUGGGGCAGAGCGCUAGACACAAAUGGGUCUCCAAGUCAGGCUCGCUCUGAUUCUGCUGUAUCCAAUUCCACCAGGGCUGGCCGAGGAGUUUUAUCUGAUUCUGAGUCCUUGGCACGUUUGUCAUUCAACUUUCUGGCAGAUAAUCUACAUUUGCAGACAGAAUACUCUGUGGAGAAAGAUGUUGGAACUGGUGAUGUUCUUCCAGCCUCCCGGCCCCGGGCAAUCAAUAAGCAUGCAGAUACUGCAGCCAAUUCUGAAAAUGCUGGUGUUGAUGACCCAAAGGUCAUGAAUAUCUCGUCCUCAAAUUGUGGUAGAUCUAAGGAUGCAGUCAAUGACUUCAGCCAUGAUUCAUAUGAGCCCAAGUCAAGAGAAGUUGAAUCUGUAUUGUUGUCAUCUCAUAAACAUCGAUCUUCUACUGCUGUGGAAGAUUCGUUUACAAAGGAUACUUCAAAAGUUAGUAGAGUGCAAUCUGCUGUCUCUGCAAGGACAAAUCGCCAUGUUAAUGACACUGCUAUUACUUCACAUCUUGCUAAGUCAGGAGAUGUAGAACGAUUAAGCAGUGUUUCUCAAGCUAAUUUAGCUUCUACUUGCGAUGGGCAUUCUCUUCACAGUGUGAAAUCUGGAAACUUCAAUGGUGUUCAGACUGUUGCAUCUUCUCAGGUUACAAGUUUUCCAAAUUCUAGGCCUGGUUUAAAAACAUCUAUGCUGAAGGUUGUGGAUCAGUUUACAGGAUCUAAAUUGUCAAAACAUCAUUCUUUAGGGAAUGGGGGUGAAGGCGCUGAAAGAUAUGACAAGGGGUUCUUCCCAUAUGAAUUAUUUGUGAAGCUUUAUACUUGGAACAAGAUAGAACUGCGACCAUGUGGCCUCGUCAACUGUGGCAACAGCUGUUAUGCCAAUGCUGUGCUUCAGUGUUUGGCAUUCACUCCUCCUUUGACUGCUUAUUUUCUGCAAGGACUCCAUUCUAAUGCCUGUGGAAAGAAAGGGUGGUGCUUCACUUGUGAGUUUGAAAGUAUAAUAUUGAAGGUAAAAGAAGGGAAAUCCCCAUUGUCUCCAAUAGGUAUUCUAUCCAAACUACAGAACUUUGGAAGGCAGCUUGGUAAUGGCAGAGAGGAAGAUGCACAUGAAUUUCUUAGGUAUGCCAUUGAUGCUAUGCAAUCUGUAUGCCUCUUGGAAGCUGGGGUAAGUACUACAGGAUCUCCAGAAGAAGAAACAACUCUUAUAGGCCUUACAUUCGGAGGUUACUUGCGGUCGAAGAUAAAAUGUGCAAGAUGCCAAGUUAAGUCGGAGCGACAUGAAAGGAUGAUGGAUCUUACAGUUGAAAUAGAGGGGGAUAUACAAACCCUAGAAGAGGCACUUCGACGAUUUACAGCUACUGAGAUUUUGGAUGGCGAUAACAAAUACCAAUGCAGCAGAUGUAAAUCCUAUGAGAAGGCCAAAAAGAAGUUGACGAUACUAGAGGCUCCUAAUGUUCUUACGAUAGCCUUGAAGCGAUUUCAGUCAGGUAAAUUUGGAAAGCUUAACAAGGCAAUCCGAUUCCCAGAGAUACUUGACUUGGCACCAUAUAUGAGUGGGACAAGUGAUAAAUCACCUUCAUACAGGCUUUUUGGAGUGGUGGUUCACCUGGAUAUCAUGAAUGCUUCAUUUUCUGGGCACUACGUGUGCUACAUCAAAACUGUUCAAAACAAAUGGUUCAAGAUUGAUGACAGUACUGUGACACCUGUGGAACUCGAGAGAGUGUUAACAAAAGGGGCAUACAUGCUACUUUAUGCAAGGUGCUCGCCGAGGGCCCCAAAAUUGAUUAGGAACAGGAUGACACCUUCUGAUGCGAAGAUCAAAACCAUUCCUUCCAUGGUGAAUGGAAAAAAUGCUAGUGCAAAGUCUUCUCCUCGAGAUAAUCUAGCCAACUAUGAAUCUUUCUAUACGAAGUUCCACCACAUACAAAGGAUUUUAGGAGAGGACUCUUCAAGUGACAAUUAUUCUUUCACCAGCAGCAACUCUGAUGAGGGUUCCUGCAGUACUGAUAGCAACCGGGGUUCUACCAGCACGGAUGACUUUUCCGACUUCAUAUUUGGUGAUUCAGGACGUGUUUGGAGCAACUCUUGGAAGAUUUAUUCUGAUUCUGACACAUCAUCCUCGUCUUCCUUGUCCUCUUCAUCUCCAUCAUACUUGAGACAUCCACAAUUAGCUGAUCCUGAACACUGUGCUCCAGGACCCCCAGAAACAAGCGGGUCUCGAGCAUAUCGUGCAGAUUCAGCCAUGAAGCAUGAUGGUUGGGAUAGACGACCUAAUGGUAGUGGCAGGCUGGUGGAUUUGGAAGGCAAGGGAAGGAGGUUUUUUUUGCAUUCUGACUCUACUAAACAGUGUAGAAAAUCAGCCAGUACUGGUAGCAGUAGCUUUAGGGAGAGAGACUCGGAGAGAUUAGGACGGAAUACCCCUUUCGAUGAUGUAAAGUCUGGUGUAUUUAGAGAAAGAACAAGUUAAAAAGGUAUAUUUAUAUUUAAGUUUUGUUGAAGUUGGAGGGGAUAAAUAAGAGGUUAUGGAAGGGCUGUAUGUUAUGCGCUCUUGUAGCUGGCUUAUUUUAGGAAAAUCAUCAGCCAUCACCAUGUUAUUCAUGAUCUUCACAGAAGGGUUGAGGGCCGCUGCACUGACUUCGUUUUUUCUGCAGGUUUGAUCAAGACGUCCAGUCGGUUUACUAGUGCGGUGUUCACAGACUGGAGGUUUGUGAUGGCUAUUGCAGACUGGACAGACAUUGGUGAUGGUUACUGCAGGGCCCUUGUCCGGUUCACAUAAGAUCCAUCUGGAAAGUGCUGUGAAGGAUGUGUUGGAGAAACCGACACUGUUUUUAAGGAAUGGGCUUUAGAGGGGAUAUUCUAUCAGGGUUUGGAAAUUGGGCUUGCUGUAGGAGCCCACAACAAUGCUUCACAAAGUUUAGCCUCGAUUGGGUGAUCUUGUCCGAUCUCGUCAAAGCUGGGAACCUUAAAACAAAUGUAGUUGAAGCUACAGAUACUUACAUGUAAAUAAGUAGAUUUGUAGCAAAUAAUACAUAAGUACAUUCCCUA